AUGCAGGCGGGCGCCAGGCUCCAGCGGCGGCGGCGGCAGCUGCAGCGGCAACAGCAGCCCCGGCGGCGACAGCCUCUCCUCUGGCCGAUGAAUGCAGACCCGCCGCCGCCGCCGCCGCCGCCCUGGGUUUGGAUGGUCCCCGGCUCGGCAGGGCUGCUCCGGCUCGGCGCCGGGGUCGCGCCCCCGCCGGUGCUGCUCGCCUCGGUCCAGCCCGCCGCUGCCCCGCUGCUCCCGGGGCUGCCCGGCUGGCAGGCGCCCGGCGAGCCCUUGCUGCCGCUCCUGCCGCUGCCCUCUGCGCCAGAUCACGCCGCCGUGCACCACUACCCCCCGCUCCACGGACAGUGGCUGUUUGGCAGUCAUUCUCCAUCCAUAGGACUGACCCCCUCCUCUACAGUGGAGCUGGUGCCCAUUUUCCCACAUGUCUGUCCUUCUGCUCUACCACUUCCUGUUGGGAAAAGUUGGAUAGAUAAAAGGAUGCCUAAUUACAAGAUCUUUUUAAAUAAUUCCUUUGCUCUGGACUCGACGUGGGUACAUCCUGAGGAAUCAGGAGUGUUCCAUGGGCACGAGAAGCCUCACUUGCUGGCAAACCAAGUAGCUCUAUCUCUGACCAGGCCAGCUCCUGCCUCCAGGCCCCUCCCUACCGUGGUGUUAGCACCCCAGCCGGUACCAGGUGGUUGCCAUAACAGUCUUAAGCCAAUCAGCAACAGUCCCACCAUUGCCAUCGCCGCCGCCGCUGCUGCUGCCAUGGUCUCUGUAGACCCUGAAGGACUCCGGGGCCCAUCUCCCUCCAGCAUGCAGCCGUGCCACUUUCUGACGUUGACACCCAUCAAGAUACCCCUCCGGGCUGCCCCAUUCUCAGAUGACGCGUGGUUUCGAGGCUGUUGCAGGGGCUGCAUGCUGACCUAUGCAGUCAGUGAUGGGUCUGUGCUAGUAGCAGGAAUAAUCCGCAAUGCCCAGGCACGGUACUUGGGCAGAAAAUGUGUUUUCAUCAAGAUUUGGACUCGCCAGAGCUGGUUAUUUUCAUCUCUACAGAUGGUGGUGUUUCUUACUUUUUACCUGGGAGACUUGGAGACAGGGAUCAUGGCAGCAUGGCCACCAGGAACGGGGAGGAGCUGUGCCAGGUGGUUUAACAGCCUGGCCUCCGUGAGUCCUCUCAAGUACCUGGGAGCUUAUGGCAUUGCUUAUGCCUUGAAGGUGGGCUCUGCUUGCCAGUUGCUGGGUCCUGACAUUGCCAAAGCUAGAGGUCAUGGAGAGCGGGGGCCAUCAUUUGCCG